AUGGAUAUUUUAGAAUAUAAUGGUGGAACAUGUGUUGCUAUGUUGGGAAAAGAUUGUGUUGCAAUUGCGUCAGAUUUGCGUUUAGGAAAGGGGGGUUUAAUGGUUACAAAUGAUUUUAGCAAAAUUAUUCCAGUUACUGAAAAAAUUUAUAUGGGUUUAUCGGGUUUGGCAACAGAUAUAGUUACAUUAUCUAGAUUGAUACGAUAUAAUGUAAAUUUAUAUAAAUUACAAGAAGAACGUGUUAUUGAGCCGAAAACAUUAGCUAAUUUGCUUUCGACUGUGUUAUAUAAAAAAAGAUUUGCGACUUAUUUUGUUAUGCCUAUUCUUGCAGGUCUCGAUAGCAAAACAGGAAGGCCGUUUAUAUGUGGACUUGAUAAUAUUGGGUGUCUUGAUAUAGCAAAGGAUUUUGUUAUAUCUGGUACGGCUUCAGAGCAAUUAUAUGGUAUAUGUGAAUGUCUCUGGGAACCCGGUUUGGAACCAGAUGAUUUGUUUGAAACUAUUUCUCAGGCAUUAUUGAAUGCUCAAGAUCGUGAUGCUUUAUCAGGCAUGGGAUGUGUUGUCUAUGUUAUAACCAAAGAUAAAGUAAUAAAGAGUUAUUUGAAGGGUAGGCAAGAUUAA